AUGUCACGAGCACUUGAUAAAGAUACUAUUGCAUCUUUAAAUGCUAGCGAUUUUCAAAAAGUCUACGAUGAUAUCGUGAAAGUGUUUGAUCCUUAUUUUUGUCUCGGACACGAACUGAUAGACUUUGAGCUUCUUGGGAAAGGUCAAUUGCCGGAGAAUGUCAAUACAGUCGUUCUCGAGAACAGCGUUGGUAUACCUAAAAUCAAACUCAUCCAAGCAUUUGUUAUUGCGCGGCAAGUGUUCUUCAACUUCAAAGAUUUGGGCCCCAAAUAUUCAAAGGAGAUCCGGGAUGCUACUUCGAUCAUUCUUCUAACAGAUCCGGAACAUUUAACUGCGUGUAACGCUCGAAAAAGACUUGUACAAAGUAUUCGAAAGAAGACAGUUUUUGAGCUAGGAUUGGAAGUAAAGAGCGAGUUACGUUUCGUUGAUAGUCUCUUGACGUCCCACCUCAAUCGUCAUACGAAGUCACCGACGCUAUGGAGCCAUAGGAGAUGGCUUCUUGAGUUUCGUCGAUCCAAAAAUCUUCCUCUGGAUGUAUCUCGAGACCUUACAUCAGUUGUUAUGGUGGCAGCUGAGAGGCAUCCUCGGAAUUACUACGCAUGGUCUCACAUAAGGUGGUUGAUGGAAUCGGUAGAAGGGGAUGAAGCUACCUAUCUUACGAUAAUAUACAAUGUAAAGAAAUGGUGUUUGGGGCAUCCAGGAGAUAUCUCAGGGUGGUCUUUCCUAUUAUCCUGUCUGUCUUCUCCCACAUUUUCAACGGCAACGUCUCCGAUUGACCGAAAAUCCUUGAUAUGUGAAGAAGUUCUUGGAAUGGCAACUUCAUUGAAAUGGAAAGAGGAGUCUUUAUGGGUAUUUCUUAGAACUUUGGUGGCAUCUGGAAACAUAACAGACAAAUGUAGAUUCGCAUUCUUACAGACCUUGGAAGAUUUCAAAGAGUCCUCGGAUGAUGCUAAAAGUCAACGAAUAAGUCAAUCAGCGCACGAAUGGUAUCUGGAAUAUGGGCAAAACAUGUCGCCUCAUUCCAUCAAGACAUAA